AUGGCUGUAGUAGCAAAAACCAUGAUUACCAUCCUGCUUCUGAGCCUCCUUCUCGCUGGCCAUGCGCUGGCCGCAUCCACAUCCACAUCCACAUCCGGCGGAGCGAAUGGACUGCAAGGACGAGCACAGAGGAUCGCCGAGUGCAGGGAGCUCUGCUACCGCCAAGCCAUGCCAGUGAUUACGCCGCCGCUGCUCUGCCGAUCCCGGCCAGAAUGCUACAUGUGCCACGACUACUGCCGCGUCCUCGAGGUUGUCCAGCGCAGUCUGGCCAACUCCAUGUGCGCGGAUCGGGAGUUCUGCACCCGCGGAUGUCGGGUGGCCUGCUCGUACCACCGCCUGAGGACCUCCCAGUUUCCCCAGGACGCGACUGCCAAUGCGGUGAUCAAAAAGUGAGCAUGCUUCCCACACUGGGAAGCACUUGUACAUAGUUCGCCAUAAGUUAGCUCCUACCAUAAGUGUACAGUUCGCAUAGGGAUAAGUUACUUGUACAAAAUAAAAUACGC